AUGCUGACACUGGCGUUUCUGUUGCUGGUGGAGCUGGUGCUGUUGCUGGUGCUGCUGCUGGUGCUGUUGCUGUUGGUGCUGCUGGUGUUGUUGCUGGUGGAGCUGGUGCUGUUGCUGAUGCUGCUGCUGGUGCUGUUGCUGGUGGAGCUGGUGCUGUUGCUGGUGCUGCUGCUGGUGCUGUUGCUGCUGCUGCUGCUGGUGUUGUUGCUGGUGCUGUUGCUGGUGGUGCUGAUGGUGCUGGUUCAGAGUAAUGAAGAGGCCUCGGCCUGUGACCUGUGUAAAAUGGACAAGCUCGGGCAAAGUUCAGAGAUCAAGUACUUGCAGAAUACAAUAUAG